AUGCCUCGUACACUCCAAAAAGUACACAAGCAAAUCGCUAAGAAGCGCGGUGCUGUCGACGCCCUCCAUGAAUUCAGCCGUGAUGCUCGACGUUUGCGCCGUGCAGGCGCCCGCGACGACCGAUUGAUCCGCCACACUUCAGCCGUGAUGAAGGCUCGUCAGCCAUACAUGGAGCGAAUUGAAUAUUUCCACGAUGCUGUUCAAGCUAUCGAAGAACCGUUGACCGACUCUGGAUUGGCAGAGGUAGUAAAUAAGUGUAUCAACCGAGACGCAGAGGAGAUUGCCGAGCUUCAUCAAGAACGCCGCAAGGGCCGCCCACCUACCCGCCGAGAGGAGGCCUUGAAACAACGGACGCAGACAGAAGAGAAGGAAUUCAAGACCGGAUUUUGGAUGCCAGAUCUUGGCGAAGAGGAUGCGUUAUUGAAGUUAAAGCAUUGGAAUGGCGAAUGGACAGCCCUGAGCUCGGCCAAGUUCAUUCGAUUGUGUCAAGAUGGAAGCAAGCAGGAAUCAAGUUUUCCGCCCAAGGGAAUGUCAUAA